GUGACUGUCAGAUCCAAAAUGGCGUCGCGCUGGGGCCGCUGUUUCCGCUCUUCUCUGUGGACUUUGUUCUUUUACGGGCUUUAUUCUCACCUGAGGCUGGUUCUGGCGGAGGAGCUCGACAGCUGCGAGUCUCUGCGCCUCGGACAAUAUCUGUGUAAAGACCCGAAGAUCGACGAAGCCACUCAGGAACCAGAGAACUGCAGGGACAUGACAGCCUGGGUGGAGUGUCUUCCUGCUCCUAACGUCACGUGUCGUCUGUCGAAUGGCACAGAGUUCAGGUUCAGUGGAGAUGAAGUUGGAUUUAACAGAACCAUCCCCUGCAGGAACGUGAGCGGUUACUCGUACAAAGUGGCCGUGGCUCUGUCUCUGUUUCUGGGCUGGUUGGGAGCAGACAGAUUCUACCUGGGAUACCCCGCUCUGGGUCUGCUGAAGUUCUGCACUGUGGGAUUCUGUGGCAUCGGGACACUCAUAGACUUUAUCCUCAUCGCCAUGCAGAUGGUCGGUCCGGCUGAUGGUUCUCAUUACAUCGUGGAUUAUUAUGGAGCUCGUUUGACGCGUUUGUCCAUCAACAACGAGACGUACAGGAAGCCACACCUGUCCCUGUGACGCCCACCUGGACUCAGCACAUGACGUUCAUCUGGACUUCCACCGGGCUUCUCACCUUCCUCUUCCUCCUCCUCCUUCCUCUUCCUCCUCCUCCUUCCUCCUCCUCCUUCCUCUUCC